AUGCCAGCUAGCAAGAUAUAUGAUGCACAGUUUCUUGUUCCAAUGCCAGCUAGCAAGAUAUAUGAUGCACAGUUUCUUGUUCCAAUGCCGGCUAGCAAGAUAUAUGAUGCACAGUUUCUUGUUCCAAUGCCAGCUAGCAAGAUAUAUGAUGCACAGUUUCUUGUUCCAAUGCCGGCUAGCAAGAUAUAUGAUGCACAGUUUCUUGUUCCAAUGCCGGCUAGCAAGAUAUAUGAUGCACAGUUUCUUGUUCCAAUGCCAGCUAGAAGGAUAUAUGAUGCACAGUUUCUUGUUCCAAUGCCGGCUAGCAAGAUAUAUGAUGCACAGUUUCUUGUUCCAAUGCCGGCUAGCAAGAUAUAUGAUGCACAGUUUUUUGUUCCAAAGCCGGCUAGAAAGAUAUAUGAUGCACAGUUUCUUGUUCCAAAGCCGGCUAGCAAGAUAUAUGAUGCACAGUUUCUUGUUCCAAUGCCGGCUAGCAAGAUAUAUGAUGCACAGUUUUUUGUUCCAAAGCCGGCUAGCAAGAUAUAUGAUGCACAGUUUCUUGUUCCAAUGCCGGCUAGCAAGAUAUAUGAUGCACAGUUUUUUGUUCCAAAGCCGGCUAGCAAGAUAUAUGAUGCACAGUUUCUUGUUCCAAUGCCGGCUAGCAAGAUAUAUGAUGCACAGUUUCUUGUUCCAAUGCCGGCUAGCAAGAUAUAUGAUGCACAGUUUCUUGUUCCAAUGCCGGCUAGCAAGACAUAUGAUGCACAGUUUCUUGUUCCAAUGCCGGCUAGCAAGACAUAUGAUGCACAGAUUCUUGUUCCAAUGCCGGCUAGCAAGGCAUAUGAUGCACAGUUGCUUGUUCCAAUGCCGGCUAGCAAGACAUAUGAUGCACAGUUGCUUGUUCCAAUGCCGGCUAGCAAGGCAUAUGAUGCACAGUUUCUUGUUCCAAUGCCGGCUAGCAAGAUAUAUGAUGCACACUUUCCAAUGCCGGCUAGCAAGACAUUUGAUGCACAGAUUCUUGUUCCAAUGCCGGCUAGCAAGACAUAUGAUGCACAGUUUCUUGUUCCAAUGCCGGCUAGCAAGACAUAUGAUGCACAGUUUCUUGUUCCAAUGCCGGCUAGCAAGACAUAUGAUGCACAGUUUCCAAUGCCGGCUAGCAAGACAUUUGAUGCACAGAUUCUUGUUCCAAUGCCGGCUAGCAAGGCAUAUGAUGCACAGUUGCUUGUUCCAAUGCCGGCUAGCAAGACAUAUGAUGCACAGUUUCUUGUUCCAAUGCCGGCUAGCAAGAUAUAUGAUGCACAGUUUCUUGUUCCAAUGCCGGCUAGCAAGGCAUAUGAUGCACAGUUUCUUGUUCCAAUGCCGGCUAGCAAGAUAUAUGAUGCACAGUUUCUUGUUCCAAAGCCGGCUAGCAAGAUAUAUGAUGCAGUUUCUUGUUCCAAUGCCGGCUAG